AGGCACGAGAAGCGAGAGGGGUGCAACGAACUCUCUAGGCUCGGUUCGAGUCUACGGAGCGCGGAGUUGUGUUCGAAUCAUGGCGACACCCGAGCCCGUAGACCCAACCACCCUAGAGAUUAAGACCCGUAGCAUAGAACAGACACUACUCCCACUAGUAAAGCAGAUUUCCACGUUAGUAUCGCACAGGGAACGUCCGCUAUGUUCGGGCAGAAGUUACCGUGCGGUCGACCGGAUCGGUCAAGCGGUGAAUCUGGCGGUCGAGAGGUUCGUCACCGUCGGCGAAACCAUCGCAGAUAACAAUCCAGAGAUCAAGCAGGACAUGUACGAGGCCUGCAAGGAGGCGAGAGUUGCCGGCUCGGCGAUCGAAAAAUUAUGCGAAUGCAUGAUGGACGACAGCCUAGCCGAUCGGAGCGCGGUGAUCAGAGCUGCCAGGUGUCUUCUGGGCUCUGUGACGAGAGUCCUCCUGGUGGCCGAUGUCGUCGUGGUCAAUCAACUCCUCAGUGCGAAAGACAAGGUGGCCACCAUCCUUGAUCGGCUGGAGUACGUCUCGAACUUCACCGAAUUCGUGAAAGCUUUCAGCCAGUUCGGGACGGAAAUGGUGGACCUGGCACAUCUAACGGGUGAUCGCCAAAACGACUUGAAAGACGAACGGCGAAGGGCGCAGAUGGCCGCGUCCCGGCAAGUUCUGGAAAGGAGUACCAUGAUGCUGCUAACGUCGAGCAAAACCUACUUAAGGCAUCCAGAAUGUCCAUCGGCCAGGGAAAACAGGGACACCGUGUUCUGUCAGAUGAGAAGAGCCAUGGACAUGAUACACUUCAUCGUGAAAGACGGUGUCUUGUAUCGCUACAUGCCGAAGUACCAGCCAAAGAAUCCGAUACAAUUGCAGAAUCCCGCAGAACUGGAUUACGAGCGCAGGACAGCGCUGUUCGCCCUGAAACACUUCGAGAGACUCGUCGAAACGACGAGGAUGACUCUGCUAGGGCCUGGCUGCCGAGAAACGCUCACGGCAGCAUUAGACACUGCCAUCGAGAGGACGCACGAUUUCACUGACAGCGCGUACACCAGCCACGAGCACAGAGAGAACAUCCUCCUGCUCUGCGACCGAGUGAAAUUGGAGCUGAACUCGCUGCUACGUGUUGGCAACAGCAUGCAAAACUAUGAAGGUGGUAGUGGUUCUCCGAGUGCUGAAAUGGAGCAAGCUGUACAAGCAGUAUUCAAUGCGACGAAAGAUCUUCGACAGCAGCUUUGCGCGACUGCGAUGGAGCAGAUGGCUGAUCUAGGCCAGGUGACCAAAGCGGGUCUGGAACUCGUGUCCACGAUCAAGAAUCUUGCUUUGGCCAACGACAUCAAUAGCUUCGAAGAGACAAAAUUUGAGGAGUACCUUGACCACAUUGUCGAAGUGUGCAGAAUAAUCAGACACGUUGCGCCGACGGAGACACUCUCAGUUUCAGCGAAGUUCACAGCGAUUAAUUUGAAAAUGUACGGUCCCCAAGUGCUCACAGCGGCGCGAACGUUGGCAAGGCACCCGACUAGCAAAAUCGCGAAAGAGAAUCUGGAAGAAAUGAAAGUCCAAUCAGAUGAAAGUUACAAAAAAUUUCAAUUAAAAUUGUUACACCAGAGAAACAUAUUAACUAAUAACUAUUGUGUCCGCAAUCAUAAACACAUACCCAAAGAAUACUUGCUAACUCGGAAAGAAAGUGCAAAAGAAUAUGUAUACCUCAGAAGUAUAAAUCAACUUCUCUUUAUUGGGAUGGUACCUCCUGGCCCGCACAAGAAAGACCUCCUGGAAAACCUCGAUCGUGUGCCGACGUACGUCCAGCAGCUCCAGUUCACCGUGAAAAACCCCACCGUCGGAAAGGCCGCCACCUUCACGAAAGUCGACAACGUGAUCCAAGAAACAAAGAAUCUGAUGAACGUGAUUUCGAAAGUGGUCACAACAUGUUUCGUCUGCGCCACAAAGCACAAUCUCACCAUGCCGCAGUACGUGGAGUUGAGUCCGACGACGGUGCCCGGCCUAAGCGAAGAGGACUGCUUGUACCCAGUUAGCCCCCAAAUGCUUCCGUCGACGAGUCCCUACGUGCAGCCCCAUCCCCUGACCUCCACCCAAUUGCACAACAUCUUAAGGGUGCCUAGCCUGAACUUCCCGCCCUUUAAUUACAACACGCUACCGGUCACGAGUUCCUCCGGUUCGACCGGUUCACGUAGCUCCGCAUCCUUCGUACAUCCGUCCGUCCUCCCUUAUUCGACCCCAACCGGCUCGGCAACCUGCGGACCGCAGGCGCCCCAUUGCCUUCAGAAUCUACAGCUACUGCAGCUGCAACUGCAUCACGCACAGCUGCAGCAUCUAAGACACGCCACUCUACCGAGAUAACACAGACUCUCGUUGCACCGUGAAGGUCGCAUGUGUUCACGUGCGCGGCCACGAUGCUACCGUGCACACGUUCAUCCGCUGUUCUUUCGUUUGCACAGUACAACCUGGAUUUCCGAGGUCUGUCGGCGCGUGGGACCGGCGGCUCGCCGUACAGGGGCGGAGAGGGUGCGGGCGCCGACGGCGACGGUGGCGGUGCUGGUGUCGACGGCAGCAAGACGGGCUCCGCCCCCGGCAGCGACCCGUCCGUCUGACAGUUUGGGAUGGCCCGACGGGCCAAGGGGGACGCUCGCCGCACUCGGGUUUCCUUUCUGCUUUUCUAGGAAGAACCUCGCCUGCCCCAGCGAAGCGUACACGUCGAGCUCAAGCGGACACCCGCGAAACGGUCCGCCGGUGCUCGUUAAAUUCGCCCUUUUUCGAAGGGAUUUCGAAGGUCUACCACGCGUACGAAAAACUCGUUCUCGAGGCUCUUGAGUUCAUACAGUAGAAGUCUCGGAACCCAGCACCAACAGGUCGAUGUCAUUUCUUUGGGGUGGUCGGUGUCUUUCUAAAUUCGAAAUUGUGUUCUCUAUGAUUUUUGAUCGUUCGAGCGACAUGGGUCUUCGACGCCAAGCGACCAGGCUUGCCUUGCUUCGCGUCGGGAAGGGAUCGCAUUUUGCGGAUGAAUGGAUUGCUGUAGAAAUUUGGGCCCACCGUCAAUGAAAAAUGGCCCAAGACGCUUCUCGACGCGAUUUGUGGCCAGCGGGAUCGCGUGACUCAGUGCUCGAAUGAUCGCGUCGUUUAUGGUUCUGGAUACAAUGUUUACGAAGUCGUCGGUACGAAGGAAAUCGUUUGAGGGAAGAACUCAUUCGACCCUUGAGCAGUGAUACUUGCUGAAGAAUGAUUCAAUGGGACGUUUAAAAAGAUUAUUUCCAAACAAUAGUGCAAUUUUUCAUGUUUAUUUAUCUUGGAACUAGUCAGUUUCUUUCAUGUAUUUUUGGAAGUACUACCUUAAGAUCGAUAUUAGUCAUCUUAUUGAACUUUAUGUUUUUAGCUAUUUAUAUUCAGUUGUCUGCCAAAAGAUCAGUGCUCGGAUGGUACUAACUCUUGGUCAAAAGAGACCCAACUCUUGCCAAACGCCAAAACAAUUAUAUUCAUUUAGUUGUUGCGACUGUCUUCAAUUUAUUUUUUGGGAAGCGCGAAAUUCGUAACUACUAAUGUUUGUUUAAAUUUGUUAGGUGUCGUAGGGUGCAAUGUUAACGCAUUUAGAGAGCAUUUGUAUCAAGAAUUUCGAACAUGAUUUAUCUGAGAAUCUUCUAUUUUAAAUAUUUUAAAGUCAUUGUAUCGAUCGACAGAGACUGGCACACAUUUAGUUGUUUUGAAUUUAUUUAAUUUCGGAGCUAGUUUAUUAUUUAAUAAUAUCAUAAAUUAUGAUACGUCUACACUGCUAAGACUGAUGUAUCCUCGCUCGUUUUACUUUCGUCUCUCAUGAAAUUCUUUAUGUUAUCUAGUCGCGUUGCCUAGUCAAUCAACCGCGUGUCUACCUCUGUUUAUUAAUGUUGUUUGUUGAUACGAACAAAUGUGAGCUGCUAGGAACAUAUUCUGAGCUCACUUGAUGUAACCUGUCAGUAAGUUAACAUGCUCAAACGUAUGACUUGCUGCGUUAAUAGUAAUAACAAUUGUCUUGCAUAUUUGUUGAGUUUAAUCGUUGUUUCGUUAUUUGUUAUGAUAUUAAUUUAUUAUUAAAACAUAUAGGCGGUACGAUAGCCAAACCUAUCUCUCGCGUAUUCUUCGUCUUUUUUUAUACAUGAUUUUAUAUACGUUUUAGACUUUUGAAUUGCUUAUGGAACUUUGGUAUUGAUAGUUUAGUACGAGAUAUUAUUUAAUAUAUUUUAUUUAUAUGUAUAACAUUCGAAACGAUUAUACAGCUAUUCAAAGAAGUCGUUUAGCAAUAAUUGGGAAUAUUGUUGGUGCUGAAUCACACGAAUUCUACUGUACUUUGACAUACUUUAGGCGACUAUCUAUAACAAAAUGAUACUAAACGAUGCUAAAGCCUAAAGUAUACAUAUCGAAGCAAAGAUUAUUUCCAUCCGAAUAAUUGCAAGCUCUACGAUUGAAGCAGAAGAAGUCUCUUCGAAAAACAAACUCUCUUGUUACAACAACCGAUGAUUUGCUCCGAGAAGGAUCUUCGACAGAGCACAAAUUUCCGAAACUUUGUUAAGUAUCUAAUCGUCUUUGCGAACGAGCCGUGUAUCGUGCCCAAAGACGAACGAGAAUGAACGUUGAAGCUUUCGUUAUUGUAUCGGUGCUACAAGACCAGUCGCCUGGUCCCCCGUGAUCAACAAAUGAAUCGUUUACAAGACCCGCCGACCGCGAAAUUCCUCGGACGUACACGCACGUAUGUAUCCGAGGUACGCAACCGUUGAAUCCUGAAGAAUGUUCUCGCCUUCUCUUCGACACGGCCAUUAUCGCUAAUCGACGUGUACGUUUCAAACUGUAUCUGCUUCGAGCACAAGCUAUAACUUCAGCGAUUAGUACACGUAUCUGCGUUGCUCAAUAUAGAAAUGCCGCGGGCUUUCCGCUCGAAUUACACCGCGUACGAGAUGCGACAACGAAUCGAGUCGCAUUCACAGCUACGAAACACGACGGGAACGAUGGAGACCGACGAGAAACGUAGGCACGCAUUCAGCGCGAAAACCGCACUCGUUCUCGAUGGCAAGAACACCAUUCGAGGAAACCUCGGCUCCAGGGCCGAGCAGAGCACUCUUUUCCCCACUGUUCUUCGAGAAACGAACCGUACGACAUCUUUCUCUAACUGAUCCACUGUUACCUACUCGAACUCUCGAAGUCCUGGCACAUUCACUUGCACGGACAACUUAAAAAAAACUACUCUCGGAACAACUUUCGAUGCGUACUGUGAUCGCUUGAACGCUAUCCACGACUAUCGAAUCGACGACCGUACUCGAUUAACACGAGUAAAUUUCUAACGCGCGAAUUCCGUCGUGCAACAGAUCGAGAUGUAUGUCAUUUGAGAAGCGACUUCGGCGCUGAUUCGGCGCACGAUGGAAUUCGCCGGUUUCGACGGCAAUAAUACAGCCAUAUCAGAGAAUAAUCGAUGGCGAUUAGGAAGAACAGCUACGGACAAUUGAUAUCCGCGACGAAUCGCUUUACACCGCUUUCACUUUGAAGCCGAUUAGUCGGAGCAAUAAUAAUCAGCGCAACUAGUUGUUUCGUCGACUGGCGUGCAAGCCGCUCUGGCGUAAUAAUGUCUUGCUGCUAUACUACGUCAGGGAUCGAGCCGUCGUUGGCUCGAGCGACGGCGAGAUCGAGUCGGAACGCGUCCGCGGCGCGUCCCGUCGCUAACCACCGCGCCGAACAGCUCUUAAUUUUCAUUCAGAAGUCUGUCCUCCGCGAGAACUCUGCUCGAGGGUAUCGUUCUUCCAUGUAGGAAAGUUGGUGCAACGACAAUAAUUUGGACUGUCGAUCGGAGUGCCUUUUAGGGGUGAAAUAUUAGAGGCCAACUUCCACUUAAGCGUCUCACCAACUUCAAUCUUUAGAGAAUUCCUGCGAGCAAGGAGCAGACGGUCGUUCUAAGGAAAGCUUGGGCCGUUGUUAGCGACCGCCGCGUCGCGGAGCAUCGCGCUUGGCAAGAGUAUCCGCUUUGAGUACCCAACAACAGUCGAUAUUUUGCUAACUAGCACCACUGGCAAGAUGUAAAACUCGACUGGACGAGCAGCUCCGCUCGCGAGCACGUCGGUGCGACGGGCAACCUGGAGUCUCUUCGACAUCCCUCUUCCGAAAAUGGUUGGUCACAUUCUGGCCAGAUCCCGCGCGCACCAGCGCGGAGGAGAGGCAGCUGCUCGUUCACGAGACUGUUCGAUUCACGGCCAAGCAUUCGCUUUCUGCACUCGAGCACCAUGAUUCCAAGACGAGCGCUGCAAUCGUUGCGACUUAACUGACUCACUGAGCACAGCUUCAACCAAAUGGGGCAGGAGAUGGUCGUCGAGGGUGACCUGGGGGCGGCAGCAGGGCGGUCAGGGACGUACUUUGUGGCAAAGACACCACUUUCGCCCGCUGAACGAAAUCUCGUGGUCCGAACACUGUUGCAUUCAAGGCGGUCCGGUCGCCCGACUCGACGACGACUCCGCCGACGACGUUUCUCACCGUUCGACCACGAUCUAUCGAGUUUCAUGGAGGGUCCAGUCGGGCGGCCGGAACUCUUCCGUAGACUUCCUCUCGAGUGCCACAAACGAAUCCACGAACGCUAAUUGUAAUACGUCUUUGAGACCGCUGAAACGAAACGAGCUAUCUUCCAAACAGUCGCGAAACCGAUCCCUCAGGGUCCGCGAAGGUCGAGCUCGUGUUCCGAGGCUGGCGGGCGGCCGCGCUCGAGGAACGCUCGUGUCACUUUUAUAUUUUAGCCAGUACUUGAUACGUCGGGGCCGACUUGCGUAGCAUAAGGUGAAUAACGUUACGUGUUUAAUAAUACUAUAAGAGACGAGUCACGGUGAGCAAACGAUAACAAUCGGAAACACGUUCCUCGCGCGGCCUCCCGGCGCAGCCUCCGCGAAGUCUCGGCCGGCAUUUCGCGCUAGAACCUUGUCACUUAAUUUAAGGAGCGAUUACCCGUGAUCUUAAAUCAGCUCGACCGGCUCCGCUACAAGGCGAACCGAUCGUUACGCCGCGGAGGCUACGAUUUCUUAUUUAUUCUAAAGCUGACGCGUUCACAGUCGACAAGCGACGGCAUGAACGUGAACAAGCGUUUGUACAUACAAGGUUAAGUUCACGCGAGUAUAACACGUCGACCAGUCAUGCAUUUCUCGUACUUAACAAGUAUAUAGAAGAUCGAUUCUGUAUGUAUAAUACAGAGUUGGCACAAAGAAUGUGAUUGUACUGACUAAAUGAGGAUUUCGUUGAAGACUACAGGCCGGCGGUCCUCGGCGACGCAGAGGCCGGUCUUCGGUGUCGUUCGAUGGGUGUCGGCACCCUCUACCGCGGUAGAUCGAGCUUCUUCGCGUCGGCGAUCGCCGGUCGUUUUCGUUGAUCGAUGCACGGUACUUUGGAAUCGACAAAGUUGACAGCUGUUGUAGAUCACCGAGAGGCGCCGAAACGGAAACUAGGGCCUCCUAUCGGGGGACGUUCAGCGACGUCCCCGUGAUGUUCCUAGAGUGUAAUUACGCGGACCCGCGACCCGUGAAGCGUACGCGUAACCUCGCAGGAAUGGACGAAACCCGGCACUUUGUUAUAAGUUGUAACACGUACGCGACACGUUUGUACAAACUCUGUAUCAUACCUUAUUACGCGGUCUUUAGUAUAUAUAUAUAUACAUAUACAUAUA